AUGAGACAAUACUGUGUGUAUUCGACCGCUUUGUCCAUUCUGACGAAAGAGUUCAAGGCAAUGACUGCUCCCCGGAAGAUCCAGCCUCAGCUGGACCCACGGCUUGCCUCUUAUGACGGUCGCCUGCGGCGGCAUCCCACUAGUUGGCUGAAAGCACACGACAAAGCUAGGAAAUCGGACUCUCAAAACGGACGCCAGCGUUAA